UAGCAAAGGUGCUUUCUAAAUGUAGGCAAUUUGACAUGUUACUUUCGUCUUUUCGAUCCUGUAAGGUUGUGACAGGCUUCCAGAGCGGCAUACGAGGUUGCAUAGGGGCAUCUUUUGGUUUUUUAGGCGGUGGCAGUGUUACAAAUAUGGAUCAAAUGAGUGGUUCUAAGCGUUAUAGCUCUGACAUGGCAGAGUUCAGGAAACACUUUGACAAGGCGUCUCACAUCGUUGUGUUGACAGGAGCUGGAAUAAGUGCUGAGAGUGGGGUGCCCACUUUCAGGGGUGCAGGUGGAUUCUGGAGGAGAUGGCAAGCACAGGAUCUUGCUUCUCCAAAUGCUUUCCGCAAAAAUCCGUCAUUAGUGUGGGAGUUCUAUCAUUACAGAAGAGAGGUCAUGGCCUCUAAGGAGCCAAACAAGGCUCACCUGGCUCUAGCUGAGUGUGAAGAAAGAUUAAAGAAACAAAACAGGAGAGUUGUCAUCAUCACACAGAACAUAGAUGAACUUCACAAGAGAGCUGGCUCUAAGAACAUUCUGGAGUUGCAUGGUAAUUUAUUCAAAACCAGAUGCACUCAGUGUGGAGAUGUUCAGUAUAACAGGGAUAGCCCCAUAUGUUCUGCCUUGGCGGGGAAGGGGGCUCCUGAUCCUGAGGCAGAAGAUGCUAGGAUCCCAGUGGAUCAGCUUCCUAGGUGUAAAAAACCUGAUUGUGGUGGAUUAUUACGUCCGCAUGUUGUUUGGUUUGGUGAAAGUUUGGACUCGAAUGUGAUGAGGAGGGCAGAGGAGGAACUUGAUAGCUGUGAUCUGUGUUUAGUGGUAGGAACUUCAUCUGUUGUGUACCCGGCAGCCAUGUUUGCCCCCCAGGUGGCCAGUAGAGGUGUGCCUGUAGCAGAAUUCAAUAUAGAAGAAACUAGUGCCACAGACUCAUUUGGGUUUCACUUCUUGGGGCCUGCAGGUGAAAAUGUACCUCAAGCCCUUGCCCUCACAGAGAAUGAACCGGCUACAUAGCAACCAGCUCAAUUUGAAAAGUGCUGAGUCGGACAACCCAGCUUCUUUCUUUAUAAUUGAAAAGAGGCUUCUUCAUGUGCUUUGGAUAUCAUCUCUUGGGUUCAAGGCUUAAACCCCAUUUGUACUGGUCACCAGAUUACGAAGAAUUUAUUUUUUGAGAAAUACAUAUGUGGAGAGAUGGUUAAAAAUCUAUUGAUAUGUGGAGAGAUG